AUGGAGAAAGUUCUCAGCGAAGAAUUCAGUGUGGUCAUCCAGAGGAACCGACCGAAGAAACUACAGGAUCCUAGAAGUUUUGUGAUACCAUGCACCCUUGGAGACACUUGCAUAAGGACAGCCUUAUGUGAUCUUGGAGCAAGCAUCAACCUAAUGCCAUCAUCAUUAGUGAAGAAGCUCCGAAUCCAUGAAGUCAAGCCUACCUGCAUUUGCCUACAGCUUGCUGAUGGCUCCAUCAAGAUUCCAUCAAGAGUGGUUGAAGACCUGAUUGUAAGGGUUAGGCUCUUUACAUUCCCCACAGACUUUGUGAUACUAGACAUGGAAGAAAAUAAGAAUGCUUCUAUCAUUCUAGGAAGACCUUUUUUAGCUACAGGGAGAACCAUUAUUGACGUUCAGAAAGGGGAAGUAACUCUGAGAGUCGGUAAGAAUGAGUUUGUGCUAAACACUGUCAAGGCCAUGCAACACCAUGAACCCCCCUAG